AUGGGGUUGAUGGUGGUUAGGGGGGAGAGAGGAGAUAUAAUUGAAUUCAUAGAUCUAUCUGCUAGAACUAAGAGAUUGAGAAUGUUAUCGAGUCUUCGUAUGAAGACAUACUUAUUCUUUCUAAUUCCUUUACUAGCUUUAUGGGCUAUGGCACCACAGCAACUACUAGAAGUAGAUCCUAGUCUCGUUUUAAACCCUGACAUGAUAGGAAUACUACGCAAGGCUAUACUCCAUGAAGGAUGUCCUUAUAAAGAAAUAAGUGAUCUAGUUGUCACUGAUAUGACACAAUGUACAUGUGGAGAGAAUCCUAUUCAUAGACCACUAGCAGAGGAGUUUCAGCAAAAACAGGAAUUAGUAACGAAUAAUAGUCUAGAAGAGAUAAGAAAGAAUAGAAUAUAUCCUUUAGUAAUCGCCAUAAGUACAGCAAUACUUAUAAGUAUGCUUCAUUCUCAGGUUCAUCAAUGA